GAAUACUUUAAUAAAAUGAAACGUCAUACUGUUUCCACAUUCUGUCACUUUUAGAGUGUAGCUUGUAUUUCUGUUUAAAUUUAAACCGUAGUAUAUAAUCAAAAUGUCGAAUUUACCGGCUAUUUGGAAAGAAUUUAUGAAGCCUUUAAAAUUAAUGGAAACUCAGAUGAAAGCAGCAGAAGAAUUUUUUCGACCAAAAGUGUUAGAACUGAUGGACUUAGAUAAAAAUGAAAUUACUCAUGGAAAGGACAAGGUAGAAAUGAAGAUGCGAAUGCCGGAAUUUAAACCAGAAGAAAUUGUGGUUAAAACAGUUAAUGGAAAUUCGAUCGAAGUGGAAGCUAAACAAGUACAAACAAGUGAUGAUAAAAAUAGACAUACAACUGCUAAAUACAUCAGAAGGAGAUUCAUUCUACCAUUUGGGACAGACAUUAAAAAUGUUUCCUCUACAUUGUCAAGCGACGGUACAUUAACCAUAACUGCUCCAAGAAAAAUGGAAGAUAUUAAUGAGAAAUUGAUACCGAUCGUUGUUGAAAAACGUAAAGACAGCCUCGUAAAAUUGAAAAGUGGGGAAAAUAAUUAGUUAUUGAAGAUAAAUGGUCAAUUAUGAUAUGGAAUUUUGGUAUUUCAACAAUUUUAUCAAAAAUAUUUUGUAAUUAUGAAUUGGGUAUUUUUAAAUGAUAAUUUGUGAUUAAUAAAAUCUUAGUAGCAGGA